CUGUUUUUUGAAAUCCUCGGUUAAUGGCUUAUUUGCAUUGCCCGGCUGCCCGGCUCUCGCAAGGCAGUCCUUGAUCCUAGCCGGAUCUCUAUACGAACUACGAGAGGUCAGCCAGCCAGCAAGCUCUGGAAGAUGUCACUUAUACAGAUUGAGCGCCAGGAUCUGCUCAGCUGGCGGCUGGAUUCCCAAAAAUCCUAGCCAACACCCAACAUCCGAAAGACCGUGCCAAGCCGAGGGGGGUGUGGCGGUUCCAGGGUUGAAUCUUCUUCCCUCUUCGGACACUAACAGCAACCAACAGAGGGCGGUUAUUCUCCAACAAUUGCCUACUUGGUUUGCAGCAACGCAUCAUGCCCAGACAGCCAGACCGCCACAUCGACGCUUUUUUCUCCAUUUUGGUCCUAUCUCGCUCGCUCGCCCAAGUUUUUUUCCAGACGCCUUGCGUCUCAACUUCUCGAUGUGGCAGUGCGAGGCAAUUUCCCCCAUUGGCGCGCGUGCCCGCCGCGAUGACCUCAGGCUUAAGCCACAACUCGCCUCUUUCUGCCCGUUUGACUUCUGACAGAGGUUAUUUCUCAAGGGAAAAAAAUGUAUCUUUUCUUCCGCCAAGCGCCUGGUGGCAGCGACCGUGCCGUACCGGCGAGGUACUUGGCUCAUCACUCGUCCACGCCCAUUGGCUAACCUUAUACCGUAGUCGCAAGUUCAGAGUUUGCUCUUUUCGUAGGUGAAACUCCCCUCCCGAGCAGAGGCGGCAGAUUAGAGAGCCGUGAGAGUAGAGAGCCGUGUUGUGUUUUUUGUCAUUCAGCGUUUCGCCCCCCGCCGAGAAUUGUGCCUAUCCACCCAACGACUUUGCUGUCAAGUCGCAUCUUUGAACUUUAAAACCUCAAUUUACGACCCUUGAGUAGCGCCCCGAGGAUUCUCCGGUCCGGUUUCCUAACAUUGCGACAUCAUCUCGGCGCAUCUUGAUACGUGUAAAUGGAGUAGAUGGCGCUCUAUGCCCCCCCAUUUGGGUGGAAUCGUCGCCACAGUACUUGUUGCGCCCUCCUCUGGCUGUUUUCCCCGGAUCUCUCUGUAGAUCGUCGUAAAAGGGCCCACAUAACGAGUUAUUGAACGCCUCACUUAUCAUUUGAGGGUCAAAAUAGGCAAGAUCGUACAGCUUUCCACGAGGCGUAACAAAAACGCAAAUCAUGAUG